CUUCCGAUUCUUUCCCCUGUCUAUGCGCUGAUUUCUUCAUCGGCCUAAUCUUCUUCACCAAAAAAUCCGCCGACUCUUCGCGAUAAUCUUCACCGAAGGAAAGGAAAUCUGCACCCACAACGAAGGAUAGUCAAAAUCCGCUGGUUCUUAGCGGAUUCUUCACGUCAAUUCUGAGAUCUGCUAUGUAAAAAUCCGCUUAUUCUUUGGCGUCAAUUCUAGAAUCAGGUACAAAAAGGAUUUUUACCGACUUCUAUUCCAUUUGUGCGCAAGAACUCGUUCUUCUCCCUUUCAUCACCCUCAAUCCUUCCCUUCAUGCAAGUAAAUGAAUCACACCAGCAUGCAACCAGAUGCAUGUGAAAAGCCUCCAUUCUUGAUGCUCAUGCACUAUCUUGUUCCAAUCCAGUGCCCCCAGUUUCUCUAGCGUGGAAGAAGCCGGGCCGAAGAGAGGAUUUUCCCUGAGGGGUUGAAAGGAGAACCUCCUGAGGAAUCUGGCAACACACUUCUCGCCAUUACCGAUCCGAUUGGGGCAGUCGUUGACGGACAUGAUUAUCACGAACAUGGCUAGGUUAGCCAGCACAAUCAGAGGCACCAGAAACGCCGGCCAGGCCGAAUCGGCCGAGGCCGCCGUCCCAUAGCUCGGCGGCGUCGGACGCGCGGCGCCUCUGGUCUUUCCUCCCCCCGCUCGAUUCCAGAUCUCGGUUCCCCUCCUCCACUUCCUCUGCCUCUUCCGCAACGGUUUCUUAGCCUUGCCUCCACGCUUUCAAGAUAAUUUCUUCUCUAUUAUUCUACAACUUAUUUUUCUCUCUUGUUAUCAAUUAUUUGUUCAAAUCAAGGUAAAUUUUAACAUGAUUUUGGAGUUUUUUACUAGUUUCUUCGUGAAUUUCAAACCCUAAUUUUUGACCCUGAGGGAAUUCUUCAUUUUCGACCAGAGCAUCCUAAGUGGGGUGCUCUUCUUGGAUUUCAUUUUCCCAAUAUGUUCUAGUAUGCACUUGGUGUAUUUUAUUUGUUAAAGAAAGGGAAGCACAAUAAUUUUGUUCCGGUAUGCUUGUUAACAUCUUGCGGCAUAAAUGGGGAGCAACCAGAGUUGAUGAGAUAAUUUUGUUCUCCAAAAGUUUUUUGUUCUCCAAAAUUUUGUUCUGUGGCAAUUUUGUCUCCAAAAGUGAUGAGAUAAUCUUGCGGCAAUUUUGUUCUCAAAAAGGUGACCCUCUGAAGGUGAAAGUCAACAAACUGGCUUCUACUAGAACUCAACUUCCUUAUUCAUAUUAUUCCCUUCCUUACUGUAAGCCAGAUCGCAUUGUGGACAGUGCAGAAAAUCUUGGUGAGGUUCUUGGGGUGACCAUAUUGAAAACUCUGUUUAUGAGGGUGACCCUCUGAAGGUGAAAGUCAACAGACUGGCUUCUACUAGAACUCAACUUCUUUAUUCAUAUUAUUCCCUUCCUUACUGUAAGCCAGAUCGCAUUGUGGACAGUGCAGAAAAUCUUGGCGAGGUUCUUCGGGGUGACCAUAUUGAAAACUCUGUUUAUGAGGUGUUUAUACAGUGUUAGCUAAAAAAAUCAUUAAUUUGAUAUUAUAAGCUCAAUAAAAUUGGCAUUCGUUGGAAAGAUAUUUAAAAUAUGAAUUCAGCGCUAUAUCAGGGUGGAGAUAGGCUCAAGGUUGUCAUGGUUAAGUAAAAUGGUUUAGGGUUGGAGAAUUCAUUCCAGAAAGGAUCGUAACACUUAGACAUGAUUCCACUGAUUUGUUUAAGGAUUUGAGGGUCAGGUGUAGUACCAGGGGGUACAACAGUUGGUUGCUUGAUAUUUCAUAAAGUGAGUAAACUAUCUCAAAGAAUUGUUCAUCACCGGUGCUACUCCUACAAUCACUUAUCCUGGGGUUGAUUCACAGAAUGUACAUAAGGACCAAACCUCAAGAGAAUUUGUCCAGCACUCCUCGGGAAGCAAAGGGCGCGGCCGGAUACGAUCGGAAGACGCAGAGGCUAAAAUUUUAACACUUGGACCUAAGUGUUAUUUAUGCACAGUGGAUUUUUAUUCAACUAUUGAUAUAAGGGCUAGCAUACCAGUCCAUGCCUUUUAAUUAAGUUGCAGAUCCUAUAAAUUAAUGUCCUGCCU